GAAAAAUAUCUGCCUUUGUCCGCCUUCCCAACUGUCAGAGCAGAAUCUGUCAUGCUGUGAACCGUCGGGUAAAGAUAUGGUGACUUGUGUGCGGCAACGGGAAGCCAAGACCCUUUUCCGUAUGCAAUUUGAAGUGAUUGACUAUUCUCGCAGUUCGCGAACCAAAUUUAGUUCUUGCUCCAGAAUGUUCUUCUUCGUCAAUUCCCGUGUACGAGGCAUCCUCUGUUCUUUGAUUGACUUUCGAUCUUGAUCAAACCCCAAGGUGCUCCUGCUGCUGUGACGUGAGUUGGUGGAAGAAAGAAAAAAAUUUGUUUCUUUCUAGGCAGAUGAGUAAACAAUGCGGGGCGGAAUAUAUUGGAAGGAGGGUGGUAGUGAUGGAGACUUUUGAACUCGGCUAUUCGACAAUUUGGAGAGGAAGGGAGCACACCAUAAAUGUUGGCCGAGUGAUGGGAGAGGGAGGAUCAUGUGGAGAGUGCUGGUCUUUGCAGCCAUCCAGUUCUGAUUUUGCAGCCCCACCGUCAUGCUGAGAAAAAUUGUUGACUGGAGGAGAGAAUGUGUGGGGAUUUUAAUAUCUGUUGCAGGUUACACGCCAUGCCCAUCUCUGAGGAGUUAUGUGUAACAUUGGAGAUUAUCUUAUCUUCAGUCUUGUGGAUUUGACCCUUCAUCCAGAGUGUGCUCUGUGUGAAGGACCACGAGAAAAUUACAUUCGAAUCGAGGAGUGGUAUUCUGGGAAUGGCUAAUGAUGCCUUUUUGAUUGAAGAAUGCUCCAAUAGCUUUCGAAGAGUCAUAGUCCAUGUUCUGAAGUACAUGGACCAUGAAUCUUCGAGCUGCAAGUUUCUUGAAGUGCUGUAUGGAUAACGCGCUGUUCCAUAUCCAGGGUUUGAGCAACAUUUGAGUAAUCUUGAAGAGUUUCAGAGAGCCUCUGCAUGAGGAUCUAACGUUAAAUUCCAAUGUGAGUAAUAAUUUCGCUCUUACGUCAGUAGUUUACCUCGGGAAUCACAUUCUUUCUAACGGUAUUAGGGAUCGUUGGGACAAAGUGAGAUGGCCAACCUAGUAAUGUGAGUAAAUGGAGAAGCUUCGCAGGGGUGUAACUACUGUCAGAUUUACGCCAGGAAUUUCCGUUUUUUUUACAUCCUCCCUAGACCCUAUGAAGAACGAUGUUUCUUCGACAUACAUAGAGCUAAGAGGUUCAAUUUGAAAGGCAAAUUGAACGCCGGUUAGAUGUGCACUUUUCGAUGGAUGUAACUAAUUCAGUAGCUCAUAUGUAGGUAGAAUGCC